AAUCCACCAUCACCUCCACACCCAGUCAGUCACCCGUAACAGUGCCCCGUUUCUUCAGCUCACACGCCAAGACCAGACGCCACCACCACCAUCACCACCUUUUACAAGCCUCUCUCGCCACACAGCAGCGAAGCCAGCCCACGACGAUCCAGCUAUGGCAUGCGUUAACAUGUACAACCCGGACGGCGGCGCGGUGGCGUUCGGCGGCGGGCAGCCGGGCCCGCGCAUCUCCUUCUCCAGCGACUUCUCCAUGGAGCCGCCGCCGCCGGUGCAGAACCGGGCCAUGGGCCUGCGGUGCCAGGAGGAGGACCAGAACUUCGAGUUCUCCGUGGGCAGCCACCCCAUGAUGGCCGCCGACCAGCUCUUCUCCAAGGGCCGGAUCCUCCCCUUCAAGGUCGAGGGCGGCCGCCCGCCCUCCACGCUCCGCGACGAGCUCCGUGGUGGCGCCGCCGACGAGGAGAGGGCGUCCACGACGCCCAAGGGGUCCAGCCGGUGGAGGGAGAUGCUCGGCCUCCGGAAGUCGCUCUGCGUCGGCGGCGGCGUCGCCAGUAAUGCCGCGGCCGCCAAGAAGAGCGACAAGGUCGUCGCCGUCGACGCCGACGCCAAUAUAGCCACCGACAUGGCCGCGCCCAAGCAGGAGCUAUGAGAGGUGACCGGCCGAUGGGGACGACGGCGACAUGAUCGGAAACCUCCUUCUUCCUCGCCAUCGCUCGCGCCAUGUUCACCGGUCUUCUCUCAUCGUGCUCGUCAGUCGUUUUGGGUGGCCCGAUUGCCUGCGUGCUAGCUAGCUACUCUACAUGGCCAGUGUCCAUGUCCAUGUGUGUGCAUGUGUUGAAGAGCAAACAAUUCUGUAAUUUCACUUCUUUUUCCCCUCCUUUCAUAAGUGACCCGCUCUCGAUCUCUAGCUAGCAGCUGUCCACUACCACUAGCUAGAUCCCCAUCACCUCACUUCUUCUUGUUCUUCCAAGCUUUGUUUUUUCCUCCACCACCAUCCGGCUCUGCCUGCCCGCCCAUGGCCGGCCUGUACAUAACGCUUGUGUGUAGAUGGGAAAUUUAUGGUGCAAUGAUUAGCCCUCGCCAGGCGGCCAGAUCUGUGGCGACA